CCGUGGUGUUACAAAGGAUCAAAUGCAGGAACAUUCGGAAACCAUGUCUUCAACCAGAGGGAUAAACAGAAGACUGAAGAGGAGAAAAAUGCAAAACACUUUGAUUAUCAACUCUCAAGAAGCUGAAACGUCUAAAGUAAAAUCUGGUGCUGUUCAGGCAGCAGUGGAACCUAACAAUACCUCCAGCAGUUGGGAGGAGGGUUACCUUCACUUUGCAAGACACAUCAAUAAAUACUUUGGUGCAAAGGUUACCGAUGAAGUUGACCAAGAUCAGCAGAGGAGAGAACAAGUUACUGUGGAGAAAAAUAGCACUUACAAGACACGACCUACCUCACAAACUCAGGGUACCACAUCAAAAUUGCAGCAAGAACCUAUCCGCCCUGAAACUGGAGGCCUUUUCCACAGCAGCCAGAAUUUUACUAACUUUGGAGAGAACCAUUUCCAAAUGGCCGGUCACAUUAAUCAGUAUUUCAAAGGUCAGAGUGGAUUGGAUACGGACAUUGAUAGAAAUUUCUUAACAGAGAUGGACACUAGAUCUGCUACCUCUGAGAGUCUGAAGACUGUAUCCUUUAUGGACUGCCUUCGCCACCCAACAAGUGCCAUCCCUGACUUACUGGGUGCUUAUCUAAAACUGGGUCCCUUGACUCAGGCUGGUAAGCCAAAACCUGCCAUGAUGUCACCAGAGGCAAUAUUGAAUAAAAAGCUCGUCUUGAGUCGGAGGCAGGCAGAGGAAAUGACAUGCAGGUUGAUCGGUAGUUUGACACAGACUUCAUUUCCAGAAGCCCUGACAGCCUGCGUGGAAGCUCUCAAUGAACACCUUAUCCGUUACCCAUCAUGCAAAGCUUUAAUGUGGCAGGAGAAAACUGCAGUCACAUUGUUGAGGAAGCGACGAACCUACAGAGAUAACCAGCUGCUUCAGGACGCCUUAAGAGAAACCUUGGCUCUGAUUGGCUACACGGAUCCAGUCAAAGGCCGUGGCAUCAGAGUUCUCUCAAUUGAUGGUGGUGGCACAAGAGGCGUGGUGCCUUUGCAGGUGUUAAAGCUACUGGAGGCUGAGACAGGAAAGAAGAUCCAUCAGCUGUUUGACUACAUCUGUGGCGUGAGCACAGGUGCCGUUCUAGCAUUCAUGCUGGGUCUGGCCCACUUUUCUCUAGAGGAGUGUGCAGAGAUGUAUCGUCGUUUUGGCUCUGAAGUGUUUCGGCAGAACCCGCUGGUUGGCACCGUAAAGAUGGGCUGGAGUCACUCAUACUAUAACACAGAGACUUGGGAGACAAUACUACAAGAAAAACUGGGACACAGAGUGCUUAUUAAAACAGCCAGGGAAGAGAUAAGUCCCAAGGUUUCAGCAGUCAGCGCAGUGGUAAACUGGGGUAUGAGUCCUAAAGCCUUCGUCUUCCGCAACUACAACCACAAACCAGGCUCUCUCAGCCGCUACGCCGGAGGCUCAGGCUGCCAGAUGUGGCAGGCUGUGCGAGCAUCAUCAGCAGCCCCGGGGUACUUCCAGGAGUUCCUCUUGCAAAGUGAUAUUCAUCAGGAUGGAGGAAUUAUUCUGAACAACCCCUGUGCCUUGGCUGUUCACGAGAGCCGUCUAUUGUGGCCCAACCAGCCCUUCCAGUGUGUGUUGUCCCUCGGCACAGGUCGCUAUGACAAUGUUAAGAGGUCACCCACCACCUCCACCAGCCUGAGAGCCAAAAUCAGCAACCUGAUCAGCAGCGCUACAGACACCGAAGGGGUCCACACCCUGCUGGACGACCUGCUGGCUCCAGAUGUGUACUUUCGUUUCAACCCCAUGUUGAGUGCUUUGGUGUCCCUGGAUGAGAGCCGACCGCAGGCCCUGGAUCAGCUGCAUAGAGACACCCAGAACUACCUGGAGAGAAACCGACCCAAACUGGCCAGGCUCUGUUUGGUGCUCGGGGCAGAGCGCUCAGCUGUUAGCAGAACUAAGGACUGGAUGAGUGAGAGGGCCUGGGAGAUGAAGCAGAGAUGGGUGUGAGUGGGUACAGUAUGACAAGCAGAUGAACACAUGCACAGGCUGUGGACAAAAUAACAGAAAUACCUCUUAAGUACAAUCCUAAUGUGAGUUUUCUGCUGUGAAAUGUCAAAAUGUCUGCUGUGUAACUAAUCCUAUUGUGAGCAGCCUAGUAUGCUGACGUUUAGCGUAACACAUUGUGCUCACAGAGCCACUAGUAAGGCUACUAUAUAACUAUAUGUCUAUGAACUGUAUAUCUAAACACAACCUGAAGCAUAUUUUUAUGCCUCUAUGUCCAUUUUCUUCUGAUUUAUGCACGUAACUGGUUACGUGAUUAUUUUUUGGGCUCUGAGCGGUGCCAAAACACGUGACCUACACUCAAUACCGGACCUGAACACAUCCUGUGUAAACAGACAAAGCACUCCAGCUGCUUCUGCUACUCUGCUAUCUAGUUGCUUUGGAUAAUGCAGGCUGUGUGUGUGUGUGCGUGUGCUGCAAACUCUCCAAGUUCAGAUUUCUGUCCUGAUGCAUAAUGCUGAACGUAAACAAUCUGAUAUAAACAAAGAGGAUCGGAUGGAAAAACAAAGCAUGAGGUGUCUCGGCCCAUUAUAUAUUUUAUUUUACAGCACUUUUAUACCUGGAAACAUCUGUAAGUGCUCCAUUCACUAACCUAUUACAAAUAUAAUCUACAAAUACAUCCUAGCAGCCUCCCCUAUUGACUGAAGAGUACAAGAGAAGCAACUGCUUUGUAAUAUUAAUCAAAUAUUUUGCGAGCACAUUUCUCUUUACUUCUCUUCUCUGCAGUUUCUUGUCUUUGGUAUUUGUCGUUUUGAAACUUGGGCCCUUGCCAAAAAUGUGAUUUGUGGUGUCGAACAAUUACACAGCUGAACAAUUACAAACACAGCUACAGAUGCAGCAUCCUGGAAUUAAGUGAUUUCUAUUAAGUUAUGUGCUGAUCAGCAGCUUCAGAGGACGCUGAACAAUCACUGUCUGUAAGAGUGAUUUUUCAAGUCAAUAAAAAACGCCUUCCGGAGGAACAGAGUAGCCAGAUAGUUGCUGCUGAGUUUCAUCAUAUCUGCCGAGGCUAUUGUAUCAUACAAUGUUUCUGAUGUUUUGUCCACCUCCUGUUGUAUGUGCACUGUGUGCUAAAGCAGUAUGAUGUUGUGAACGUGCCUCAUUUACAUAUCAUAUUUAAAUAUUACAUAUUUAUCAUUUUGUUUGACGGUUUCUUGCACAGAACAAAUACGCACAUUCAUUAUAUAAGCACUUAUAUGCACUUUAUUUAAAAAAGCUUUGUGCGUGACUUAAUUCACUACUUGAUUAUGAAUGUCUAUGAACUGUGAUAUAAGCUAUAAAUCUGAUGUAUUAC